AUGUUUGUCAGUUGUACACACAUAGUAUACACAUCGUACACACAUAGUCUGUUUUGCAUUCGGUUCGAAAUCACACGAGCGUAUCAUACACAAAAUAAGCCGAAUUUGUUUGCCAAGAUGACCAAAUUUUACAAAGCUGAAAUCAAUCGAACCGAAUGGGAAGUACCAGAAAGGUAUCAGAGUCUUACACCUGUUGGUUCAGGUGCCUACGGCCAGGUGUGUUCAUCGCUGGAUACAAAUUACAAUGUCAGAGUUGCAAUCAAAAAAUUGGCACGACCCUUCCAAUCAGCUGUGCAUGCAAAGCGUACCUAUCGUGAGCUACGCUUGUUAAAACACAUGAAUCAUGAAAAUGUUAUCGGUCUAUUGGAUGUAUUUCAUCCGGGCAGCAAUACGCUCGAUGCAUUUCAACAAGUGUAUUUAUGUACACAUUUGAUGGGCGCCGAUUUGAAUAACAUCAUACGAACGCAACGUUUAUCCGAUGAUCAUGUGCAAUUUUUGGUGUAUCAAAUACUUCGAGGUCUUAAAUAUAUACACAGUGCCGGUAUUAUACAUCGUGAUCUUAAGCCAUCAAACAUUGCCGUUAAUGAGGAUUGCGAAUUGAAAAUUUUAGAUUUUGGUUUGGCACGUCCAACGGAAAAUGAAAUGACCGGCUAUGUGGCGACUAGAUGGUAUCGUGCACCAGAAAUAAUGCUCAACUGGAUGCAUUACACGCAAACAGUGGACAUUUGGUCGGUUGGAUGUAUCAUGGCUGAAUUACUUACGGGACGUACACUAUUUCCAGGAACCGAUCAUAUACAACAACUUAAUUUGAUUAUGGAUGUACUUGGAACGCCGCCCGAUGAUUUUAUGUCGAAAAUUUCAUCGGAGAGUGCACGAAAUUACAUUAAAUCAUUACCACCAACGAAGAAAAAGGACUUUAGUACAGUGUUCCGUGGAGCCAAUCCACUUGCCAUAGAUUUAUUAGAGAAAAUGCUUGAAUUGGAUGCGGACAAACGAAUUACAGCCGAGCAGGCCUUGGCCCAUCCGUAUUUGGAGAAAUAUGCCGAUCCAAAUGACGAACCAACAUCUCCACUCUACGAUCAAUCUUUCGAAGACAUGGAUUUACCAGUCGAAAAAUGGAAAGAAUUAGUUUUCAAAGAAGUGGUUAGUUUUGUACCCCAGCAAACCCCAUACACGGCGCCAGAGUGUUAAUAAUUUUUCUACUAACUAUCAUUUUCUUACAAAUUAUAUGUAGCCUUUUUUUCUUAUUUUUUCUCGUAAAUUAAAUUGCAAAUUAAAAAAAAAAGUUGUUGUUCAUAUUUGAGAGUGAGAGAUAUAGAAAUGGAAAGAAAUAAAAAUUUAAGUUAAAUCAUCGAACAAUUGUAUAAUGAAUGAAAGAAAAAAAA